AUGGAAGAGCACCAGUACGCCAGUGACUCUACAGGAAGAGAAGCACCAGCACAUCAGAAGAAAGAGUUGCCCAAAAAGAGACGUCGAUGCGCAGAUGAGUCAGACAGAGUGCAGACAGUGCAGGUCCCAGACGUGUCGUCCAAGCAGCUGAUGCAGGUGGCUAAGCGGCAGGGGAAGGAGUGGAAGAAGGUGGCUAAGCGGCAGGGGAAGGAGUGGAAGCAGGUGGCUAAGCGGCAGGGGAAGGAGUGGAAGCAGGUGGCUAAGCGGCAGGGGAAGGAGUGGAAGCAGGUGGCUAAGCGGCAGGGGAAGGAGUGGAAGCAGGUGGCUAAGCGGCAGGGGAAGGAGUGGAAGCAGGUGGCUAAGCGGCAGGGGAAGGAGUGGAAGCAGGUGGCUAAGCUGCAGGGGAAGGAGUGGAAGCAGGUGGCUAAGCGGCAGGGGAAGGAGUGGAAGCAGGUGGCUAAGCGGCAGGGGAAGGAGUGGAAGCAGGUGGCGAAACUGCAGGGGAAGGAGUGGAAGCAGGUGGCUAAGCUGCAGGGGAAGGAGUGGAAGCAGGUGGCUAAGCGGCAGGGGAAGGAGUGGAAGCAGGUGGCUAAGCGGCAGGGGAAGGAGUGGAAGCAGGUGGCUAUCGGUUGCAUGGACCUGUUAUAAAUAGCUAACCAAUAGCUACCAGGAAUAUCUGCAUUGAACCUUGUUGCACUAACUAUUUUGACUCAUCACAUACAUUACUUUUACUGUUCGUUAUUUAUCCCGUUGCCUAGUCACUUUAUCCCUACCUACAUAUACAUACUGUAUCUACCUCAAUUGCCAUGUACCCCUUCACAUCGACUCUCUACUGGUACCCCGUGUAUAUAGCUAAGUUAUCAUUACUCAUUGUGUAUUUAUUCCUUGUGUUGUUAUUUUUCUAUGUAUUCCUCUUUUUGCAUUUUCAAUUUUUCUACUAUUUCAAUGUUUUUCUCUGCAUUGUUGGGAAGGGCCAGUAAGCAUGUAACAAAUAACAUUUGCCAGUAGUGUAAAGUAACUAAGUAAAAAAUACUUUGAAGUACUACUUAAUUAGUUUUCUUGGGUAUCUGUACUUUAUUUACUAUUUAUAUUUUUGACAACUUCUACUUUUACUCUACUACAUUCCUAACGAAAAUAUGUACUUUUUACUCCCGUACAUUUUCCCAAAAGUACUCGUUACGUUACAUUUCAAAUGCUCACGCAGGACAGCAAUAUAGUCCUAUUCACGCACCUAUAAAUACACUGCUCAAAAAAAAGGGAACACUAAAAUAACACAUCCUAGAUCUGAAUGAAUGAAAUAUUCUUAUUAAAUGCUUUACAUAGUUGAAUGUGCUGACAACAAAAUCACACAAAAAUUAUCAAUGGAAAUCAAAUGUAUCAACCCAUGGAGGUCUGGAUUUGGAGUCACACUCAAAAUUAAAGUGGAAAACCACACUACAGGCUGAUCCAACUUUGAUGUA